AAAGCCCAAACGGUCCCACUAGACCAUUAGUAAUUGUGGUUCAUUGGCAAAACAAAUGAUUGCUUCGUAGUUAACCGAGAUGACGGAUUUCCAAUGGCCCUGGGAGUAUACCUUCCCACCUUUCUUUACUUUACAGCCCCACGAAGAAACCAGACAACAGCAGCUGAAAGUCUGGACAGAUCUUUUUCUCAAAUACCUCAGGCAUACGAAUAAAUUUACGAUUAGUAUCGGGGAUCAGAACUCUCCGCUGUUCCAUAACGAAUCCCUGAAGCGUCGCCUUUCCCCGGAACUCGUCCUGGCGAUCCUGAGUGAACUGGAGCGGACUGGCCAUGCAAAUCCUUUGGACAAGCGUCGCCAAGAUUGGCAGGUAUAUUGGUUCACCCUCGAAGAAUACGGCAAUAUGGUCUACGAUUGGGUGCAGGAAACUGGUCAAACCAACAGUAUCUGUACACUCUACGAGAUUGCCUCCGGUGAGAACACCACCCAGUUGGAUUUCCAUGGUGUGGACGAGGCGGUGCUACUCAGCGCGCUCCGAUUGCUCGAGGAGAAGGGCAGGUGCGAACUCAUCGAAAUGGACGGCAGCCAUGGCGUAAAGUUCUUCUGAAUGUCCAUACAAUAUAUUAACUUUAUCUUGUCAAGCGAUACGAAUUGUGUUUCCGUAUAUUAAAAACUUAACAAUUGUAAAAUGUA